AUGUAUUUUGGGUUUAUUACCAGAAUUGCCAACCAGCACCACUUCUCCGCUGCCAGCCAGCUGGUUGCCUCGAUCAGCUCUUAUCAGUACACGCGACGGGCUUGGCGCAGAGACGUAUUCGACCUCUUUUUCGAGCCAUGCUUCUUUCAGUUGUUGCCUGAAGCUUUGGUCAGUUGGAUGCAGAUAAUUGACAACCUGAUGACACAGGAUAAAAACACCUUCCGGGAGGCUCUAAGUAAAGAACACUGUUUAGUAGGAAACUUUUCGUUUUUAUCCUCGAGACGACUUGCCACAGAUAAGCAUAGAAAGUCUAUGUUUCUUGGGUUAGGUACAAAUUUAUCCAUGCUCCUCAGUGUUUCCGAAUUCUCAUUUGGCGAAGCCUCGGUCAUCUUGCUCAUCGCGAUUGGGAAUUUGUAA